UGCCGACCUCAGCGCAGUGUUGCGAUUCACAUUGAUGUGUUUGGUUGACACAAAUGUUAAUUAAGUAGAGGGAAUUACUCCGUGGUUGAUAAAGAAGAGUAUUUUCCCUCAAAAUAAAUAAAUAAAUAAGAGUAUUAACAAAAUAAAUUAAUAAGUAGGCAGGUGCAAGCGUUCGUAUUUGAUUUUAGUUGCAUGUCACGUAGGCUAGGCUGUCUAGAAUGCUACUCCCUCUAUUUGCAUUUGUAAAACUUUCAAGACGGUUUCUUAAAGCAUCUUAUAAAUGGGAAUAGAGAGAGAAUUACACAAUGAUUGUUUUUUUUCUGAUUUCUGAAUAUGGGGAGCAAAACAAGAAGAAUGCCAUCACACACGUUCUCUCCUCUCUUCUCAUGAUGUGUUCCUUUUUAAUUUCUUCUUUUUCGUUGGCUCUCCCACUGCUUACCGUCUUACUCACGCUCGUCUGAGUGUCAUGACUCCUUUACAAGUUAAGAAGUGUUGUUGUGAGAUGUGCCACCUAUGUGUUGCAUCGCAUUUGUAAUGGAGAAAAGAUAUUCGAAAAAUUCGAUGGUUGACGACCAUUGCGCCCUUCCGUCAGCUCACUAGACUUCAAUCUUGUCGCAUGGGAAUUGACUGCUCUAAUUUGGUGAUUCUAUUCCCCACUGGCUUCACCUUGCAUGACAUGAUACCCCCUCCCCGCCUCACCAGAAACCUUCUCCUCCAACUUUUGUGGUGUUGUCAUCAUCUCUCAUACGUCACCUUAAAUUAAGCAAUGGAAGUGAAAUGAGAUCAUUCAAGAUGGAUGUUGGUUGUAUCUGUUCGUCAGCUCCGUCUUGGUUGUCCCGCUAGAUCAGUCACCUUUGCUUUAAGAAUUAAGAUGUCUGACAUGGUUAAUAUGAAUCCUCAUGGCAAAUAUGUCAUUUUGGACACUUCAUGAUACUUUUCUCGUUUAAAACUUUUCUUAAAAUCAAAAGGCACUUAUUAGGUUUAAUUUCUACGUAGGAUUAAUGGUCAGUCUAUAUAAAGAUUCAUUAUAUCCCAAUGAGUAGAUUGUCUUGUGCAAAUGGUGCAUUUGCAUCCAUGCUAAAAAAGACCAUAUUAUACCAGAAUAUAUCUAUUUCAGCAAAGAGAUGGAUAAAAAUUUGAUACUUCGAAGAGGGGAAAGGACAAAUGGUCGGUGUCCUUUAUUAGCUUGGAGGAGUGACCGACAGUUCCUUGCACGCCAUCAUCAGCUUGUUCGAACUAUCCACGUAUGCUUUCACUUGCCAUAGAAGUAAUUAAAUAGAAGUAAGAUGGAAUCUUGUUACGCGAUAAUUAAUCGUCAUGUCCUUUGAUCAAUGCGGCUUUAAUUGCUUUCGUGCAAAAUGACACAAAACUUAUUUUGUUCAGUGCUCAUCAGUGACACAAAUGUUGAGGAUGACAUUACAUGGUUAAUUAAUUAAGAUAAGAUGGCUAAUUAUAUGAGGGAGUAGUGUAAGAAUAUCCUUCCAGAUUCUUAAUUAAUUUAUGCUUGCAAGUGAGAUUAGCUAGACGGCGCCUUCUAGAUUCAGCUAGAAGCUUCACCGAUAACAUUUUCUCUCUCCAAAUAGUUUUGUCAAGCUCCGCCACUGCUAGAAAGCACUCUUAAAAAUAACAGUGUUUCUACUGUAAUCCUUAAAAAUUAACAGCAAUUCUAGUGAUCACCCAUCCGGGGCCAAACACAUGCAUGCUGACGCAAUUAGUGUUCUCACCUGGUUCAUAUAUAGAUGACACCAGCCGGUGGCUUUCUUUGGGGAUAAACAGUGAUUACUUUUUGCAGUUCCCAUCCCUUUCCUCGAUGUUUUCUUGAUGUGUGCAAAGAAACGAGCCCUCGUGGACCAAAUUGUUUCCGUCGCCAACUUGCAAGAGACAGGUUAGGAGUAGUUCACUUCGUUCGAACUUUAUGUAUAGGACUAUAGGAGUAGGAAAUCGAUCCAUCAAGGAACCAAGUUGAUCGAUACUUUAAUUCUUAGAAUAUUUCAGCAAACUGAGGCCACUGCACACUUAAAACUGCUUAUGGAUAGACUUCUUUUCCCAACCGUGCAGUGCAUGUUUUGAGGUUUUUUCUUUUUGUAUGUCUACAAUACAAUUGGAACUUAUUGGAACAUCUUUUAAGGCCUAGUUUUUUUUUCAUCAAAUAACGUUCGACAUUUUGACACAAACAUAGAAUGUCCUAGCUCCUUUUGAAUCAAAGUGCGUAGUAGUAUUUACUUUCUCUAUCCUUCUAAAAAUGGAUGCACAUAUAUGAUACUGUAUAUUUUAAGAUUUAAAUUUGACUUUUAGUUCGACUAAUAGCAGGUACACGUACCAUAAAAAUUAUAUCAUUCGAUUUUGCGCUCAAAGAUUUUUUUUUACGACAUACGAAGCAGAAGACAUUAACUUUAAGAUCGAUGUGCUCCUAAUUUUUUUUUUAUUUGGCCCGUGGGAGGGUGACGAGUCACUGCCGAAGAACAGGGGUGAGAAGGAAAGAUGAGAGGCCUUUCUCCUUCUUGUCUGAAGUUUCCGUGAAGAGUGUCUGACUCUACCUGUUGUCACGGUGCAUCCGCAUCAGCAUCAUUCAGCAUUAAGUAGUUUUGACGACUUGUUGAAAACAGGAAAAAUACCUAUCAGCGACACUGUAGUUUGUGGAUCAGUUCCUGCGGUUUUUGUCCAAAUCUCAUGUUUGACUCUCUAUGUCUUAUCUCUAGCUAGAAGUCGGAAAUUUCUUCCAUUGAUGGUGACAGACAUUGCUACUUGCUAGCAAUUGGCGUCUGUAGAAAUUUUGUCAGUCUUUUUAGCACAAGGAGUUCAGUCUUCAGUAUAUGUCUGAUGUUUCACUAGAAGAAAAAACAAUGAUAACAUAUUUUUCUUUUUCUUUUUCUCGAAAUAGCAAUCGCGUACCUUCAAUAAUGCACUGCACGUCACAAUAAUAUAGGCUGACUAUUCACUCCGUUUCAAAAUAAAUGGCAUGGAUUUAUAUAAGAAAUAGGAAAACUCACUUAUUUUCGAACGGAGGAAGCGAUACAAAUGGGAGAAACUCAUUUUUUAUUUACAUCAUUGAUUUUUUUUACAGGAAGAUCGGUUUUUUUUUUUGAGCCAGAAGAUCGGGUUGUUGUUCUGAAAGAGUCCUCUGCAUUUACCAUUGCGUCCACACGGGCCAGCCCAAUACGCAUUCUCAAACGGCCCGCCCAUCUAUGAAGGCUGAUCAAUGUUCGUAAUGGGCUGGGUCGGAUCGGACUUGCAUGUGGGCUGGAAUCCAAGGAAACAACUCAAGAAAAAGAAAAGCAUCACGAAUGUGCCUCGCCCACGGUGCACGGCACGCCAGGUACCACCGCUCGGACAGUUCUCUCUCCCCUGCUCUCACUCCAAGAACAGGCGGAACAAUGGAUCAGCUAGCUUGCUGCCACCACUUCCUCUCGCACUCUGUCUCUCGUAUCUCUAUCCGGCUCUUCGUUCUCCAAUGCUGGGCCUCUAAGGCGUUAGACUGCGGCUGGUUUCCUAGAGGCGCUAAUGGCUGAUGUUCUGAUGUCGCCCUCCAGGUGUUCGACGGUUUGCCUGUACUGAACGAGGAUGUGUAUAUAUGUCCAUCGCUGGUAUCCACCUCUGCCACUGACUUGUUUUUCAUUUGCAGGUUUGCCAGGUCAUAAUCGAUCCUAGCCGGCCGUCGCUUCUGGUUUGCAGCCAGGGACAGAGAGGAAAUCAUCUAAUUCGUGGUUUUGUCUUCAGCACAUUUUCAGUUGAUCAAGCAGGCAGGACACCAGAGAGACAUAAACCUCCAUUAUCAACAAUAUGCAAUUGUCAGUUAGAUUGGUGCAGCUAUGGAGCGAAUGGGAAAUCAGAUUGCUUGUGCUUCUCAGUUUCACGCUGCAACUCUUCCUCUUCUUCACAGGGGGUCUUAGGCGGAGAAGCAGCGACAAAUUGCUUAGAUUCUCUAUUUGGUUGGCUUAUUUGGGAGCAGACAUGAUUGCAUUUUAUACUCUUGGUCAGAUCUCUCGACUUGGAGAUUCUAUGAAUAGUAGGGAUCCGUUUACUGGGACCAUGUCUUUGGCAUUCUUUUGGGCACCUUUCCUCCUUGUUCAUCUUGGCGGACAAGACACCAUCACCGCCUUCUCAUCUGAGGAUAACAAUUUGUGGCUGAGGCAUUUUCUAAAUCUUCUUGUUGAGGUCAGCCUUGCAUUAUAUGUCUUUUGGAAAUCAAUGGUGAACAGCAAACAGCUUCUAAUUCCGGCCAUGUUGGUGUUUUUUUCUGGAAUAAUCAAGUAUGCGGAGAGGAUAUGGGCUCUCAAGUAUGGUAGUAAGAAUGACCUUAAUAGCACCACUAGUAACUUCGAAAACAAGCAUUUGCCACCACUAAGUGUUGACAAAGAUAGAUAUUGUGACAUUGUUUGCUAUGCUCUCCAUACGGCAUGCUAUAUUCGGGGAUUCCUUGCAGGACGUGCAACUUUUCAAAUGGGACAUGAAAUUCGGUUUACACUAGUAGAUUAUUUUGGAAGAUUCGCAGAGCAUGGGGCAAAACUUAAGAUCAUCGAGAUGGAGCUUGCAAUAAUAUAUGAUGACCUCUACACCAAGGCUGUAGUGUUUCGGACAUGGACAGGUAGCAUUUUCCGUUGUGCUGUACAGAUCUCUACAGUGGUUGCUUUUGUGCUCUUCCGUAUAGAUAGAAAAGAAAGCUACAGCAGAGUAGAUGUUGCAAUAACAUAUGCAUUACUCACUGGUAGCAUUUUUAUGGAAUUUGUUUCAAUCUUCAUGGCAAUGAUCUCACCAUGGGCAUGGGCAUUUUUGAAAGCACGGAAUUUGCACUGGCUCACCAACAUGUUUUGGUCUAUUUUCAAUACUGUUCAACCAGAGAAGAGGCUGUGGUGGUCAAAUUCCAUGGGGCAGUAUAACCUUCUGCUCUCCAUUUUCUCUAAUGAAUCACCAACCAUUGGCGUAAUAAUAAAUAUCAUGAAUUAUAUCGGUUUGGCUAAGCUCUUGAAUCGCUCAUGGCACACAAAGGAUAUCGCUCUUGAAUCGCUAAUGAAUCACCAUCACGUCUACAUAUCCGUGACCGCGCGUGACGAGGGAACAACUCUUCGAGUCCUCAACCUUCAUAUACCUGAUGCAGCCCAUCAGGGGGUCCACUCGAAGGCCCAACAAGUAUAUGCAGGUCGAGUCCCUCAAAGUGCGGUUUGAGUCAAGGAACAUGAUCUUAUCAUACCAGAAUAAACUGAUUUGAUUGUAACCUUCCCGAUUAUCACGCCCGAGACCUAACCGCCAGUAUAUAAGGCUAGGAGGGGGAGUCGGGAAGGGGGACCUCUACACAUUCAUGCCAGAUCCAUCUGCGCAUCAUAGCUUCAUAGCUCUUCUAAAAUCCUGAUCAAUACAAUACACCAAAAGCAGGACACAGGGGUUUCACCUUCCGAGGGCCCUGAACCUGGGUAAAACUUGCGGCUCCCCUAGUCUUUGUUAGUCGACAAGAUCGCUGGUGCACUCCGUGCUCUCCUUCAGUCGAAAACCUUUGAAUCAGGGUACUGCCGAGGUAGCCCCUCGUCAGCGCGCCCCUCCCGUGGUCGCACUUCCACCUUCCGCAUGGGUGGCACCUUAACCCGGUGAGGGUUCUAGUGCCGCCCGUGCCGGCUUCUGGCCGCACCAGCCGCAAGGAGAUACGUACGUCACCGUCGGUCGGCCCUGCCGGCCAACCUCUGCCGCGUUAGCCCCGGACUUGCCGAGGGGACCACUGGUUCCAGAACAAGCAUGACAUCUGGUGGCGGAAUUACUUCUUCGCCUCCACGGCGGUGGGUCCGUCGGUGGAGGUGGAGGAGGAGGCGGUGGC